AACAUUGAGCGAUGAUAAUCGAGGGGAGGUUAUCUCUCGGGCAGCACCUGUAACAUGGUUCUAUGGAAGCUCUACUACUUCCAGCUAAGUCGGGUUAGUCCAAGUGCGACCGCCUAUAGAGAAGCUACCCCGUAAUGGAGCAGAGCAGCAGUGUGGCGGAGCUGGCCAAGAACAGUGAGGAUAUAGAAACGGAUGUCUCCAAGGUGGCGGACCAUCAGGAGUACGCCGAAGCCCUGUCAAUGUCCGGUCGAAGUCGCACUAAACGGCGCUGGAAUCGAAGGACCUGCUGCACUCGAGAGGUCCUGAGUGGGGGCGCCAUUUUCAUCGCCCUGCUGCUCGUCAUCGGCGCCAUUUACAUGCACUUAAGACAGAAGCAUCAUCUGGGCCGGCUGCACAUCAAUCUCAAGGAUCGGGGGAGGCUGGACGUCUUGGAGGAGGACUUUCCCGUGGUCACCGUCGCGGCUGUGGCUGCCCAGACGAUAACAACAUUCCAGCCAUCUCCCACAGAGUUGGGCAGCAAGUGCCUACUCUGCAUCGCCACCACUGCAACGGAUAAUAUUCCAGCAAUCUGCAAUAACCGAGGACGGGGCAAGGAGCCGUGCGGCAAGUACCGCAUCUCCCACUCCUACUGGCAGGACACACUGGGGAUAAUUGACCCGGACGACGCACUCGCACAGGAGUACGAACGAUGCGUGGUAUAUGACCAGUGUGCCGAGACCAUUGUGCAGAGCUAUGUGCAGCGAUAUGGCGACGAUUGCAAUGGAGACGGACGGAUCGAGUGUCGGGAUCAUGUGAUGCUCCACAUGCGAGGACCCGGUGGCUGUGCGAGGCAGGAGCCUCUGGGGGCCCUGGCUGAGAGUCGCUUGGCGCUGCAUUAUGGGUCGCCAGUAGAGGGUUAGCACAAAGAGACCUACGAAUUCGUGGAACAGCAGCAGAGCAGCAAACUUGUCAUCGAACAAACUGGACGAGGCCCUUCGUCCGC